AUUUCAGGCACCCACAAAUGACGCAGCAAGCAAGCAGCGCGUCCACUCAGCAAACCCCCACACACGCAGCACCACGCACCAAAGCUAACGUGCACCGCAUCGCGUGAACUCGCACCACGUCAACAUGUCCUUGUCUCUUGGAGGUCCCUCACGGGAGGAGCUGGAGCAGUUCUCCCUCAAGGCCAUCGUUCAAGCAAAGAUCCGCGAUGAGGUGCUGCAUGGCAUCAAAGUGGAGGAAGGCGAUCUGUGGAAGGUGUUGGUGGUGGACGACACGGCGCUGCACAUCCUGUCGUCGUGUUAUCGCAUGUCGGAGGUCAUUCAAGAAGGCAUCACCGUCGUGGAAGGCAUCAACAAGUCUCGCAAGGAGAUUCCCGACUUUCACGCCCUCUACCUCUGCCUCCCAACCGAGGAGAAUGUGCAGCGGAUUGUGGACGACAUCACGCCUCGCCCGCUGUACAAGGCGGUGCACAUCUUCUUCCUGACGCCGUGCCCUCAGCCACUGUUGGCAAAGCUUGCCCGCCCACGCGUGGUCAAGCACGUGAAGACGCUGAAGGAGGUGAACAUCCUCUUCAAGCCCAUCGAAGCAAGGGUGUUUACGCUUGACCGCCCAGACGGGCUGUACUCGUGCUACUCGCCGCACGCGCCCGCGUUUGACAUUGACGGCAUCGCCGCGCAGGUGCUCACCCUCUGCGAAACUCUCAAGGAGCGGCCCGUCGUCCGAUGCCCAAGAGCUAGUUCUUCGUCCUUUGUCCUCAUCCUCCCCAUCGCUGCGGUGUGCUGCGGUGUGCUGCGGUGUGCUGCGGUGUGCUGCACAGCGCUUGAUUUGGCAUUUGGUCCGGGACUGGAGGCCUGUGCUCAACUUAGGUUUGGCGCGGCGUGCUUUGACCUGCUGGACAUCAAGAACGGCAUGUACUCGUUCGAGUUCCGCGAUGGUGCGGGGCGCGCGUCGCGGAAGCAAGUUCGGCUGGACGAGAGCGACGACCUGUGGGUUGCCUUCCGCCACCGCCACAUCUCAGAGGUCUUUCGCGAGGUCACGGAGAAGUUCAAGGCAUUCUCGGACGAAGCAAAGCGCACGCAGGGCCUGCCCAAGGGCGAGGCGUCUGAGAGCACGAAGGCGCUGAAGGAUUUGCUCAAGGCGCUGCCACAGCACCGCGAGAAGACGCAGAUGUUCAGCGUACACAUUGACAUGUCCACCAAGAUCAACAAGGCAUUCUCCUCUGCCGUCGAGGAGUGCACGCGCGCAGAGCAGAACAUCCUGUGCCGGGAGGAGCCUGACGGUACGCCGGUGAAAGACGUCAUCAACGAGAUCUCGUCUGUGCUGAUUGACCGCAGUCUGUCCAUUGAGGACCGCCUGCGCUGUGCCAUGAUGUGUGUCCUGGCAAAGGGCGGAACCUCCAAGCGCGAGCUUGACACUUUGCUCGACAACGCAAACAUCCCGGAGCCGCGGAGGGCUGCUGUUACGAACCUGCAUCAGCUGGGCGCGGUCGUGACGACGGACAAAAAGUCCAAGCGGACAAAGCCGCCAAAGCGCAAGCAGCGGUCUGGCCUGUACGACAUGUCACGAUGGACACCGAUGCUCAAGGACGUCAUUGAGGACCUGUGUGACGGCACUCUCCCCACGUCGGAGUACACCGCCAUCAGGAGCCCCGACUCGGUUGUGAGCAAGGGUCGGCGCAAGCAGCACGACGACGACGAUGAUGAUGACGACGACAACGUGCAGUCCAGCCGCGGGCAGUGGGCGCAGGGGAAGAACACGAAGCGCGGGCAGCGCAAGGUGACGGCUUCCAAGACUGGCGGCGCGCACACAGACAGACCCCGGCUCAUCAUCGUUGUCCUCGGGUCAAUCAGCUACUCUGAGAUGCGGUGCGUGUACGAGGUGGCUGAUGCAGCCGGGUGGGACAUCUACAUUGGCUCGCACGGCAUCCUCUCCCCGUCGGAGUUUGUGGAGGCGAUUGAGCAGCUCGACAAGCCCCGCGCUGCUUCAGAGCCAGCUGUUGUGCGCCCUGCCCAGGAGGAUGAGGAGGGCAGCCUGACGUUUGUGCAGGGAAGCAGCACCGCCGUGGCCUCCGUCUGAUGUGCACACACACAUGCACACACACACACGCACAUGCACGCACACACACACACACACACACACACACACACACACACACACACA